UUAGGCUCAAAGGGUUCUACGAAAGGCGCGUGAGUGUCGUCCUCGCAGUCACAGCUGGCACCUCCUUCUGACUUCAUUCAUUCGGUUUUUUUUUUUCUUCCAUUCACGGAGGUAGAAAGGCCUGCUCGAAAGCCAUGGAGAGCGCUCUCCCUGCUGCCAGCUUCCUGUACUGGGUAGGCUUUGGCACCGUGGCCUACCUGUCCCUCCGCAUCUCGUACUCGCUCUACUCGGCUCUUCGCGUCUGGGGUGUGGGUAACGAGGCGGGGGUCGGCCCGGCGCUCGGUGAAUGGGCAGUUGUCACAGGUAGUACUGAUGGAAUUGGAAAAGCAUAUGCAGAAGAGCUAGCAAAUCAUGGAAUGAAGGUUGUCCUAAUCAGCCGAUCACAAGACAAACUGAACCAGGUUUCCAGUGAGAUAAAAGAAAAAUUCAAAGUGGAGACAAGGACCAUUGCUGUUGACUUUACAUCAGAAGAUAUUUAUGAUAAAAUUAAAACAGACCUGGCGGGUCUUGAAAUUGGCAUUUUAGUGAACAAUGUGGGAAUCUCAUAUGAGUAUCCUGAAUACUUUUUGGAAAUUCCUGACUUGGACAAUGCCAUUAAGAAACUGAUAAAUGUUAAUAUUCUUUCUGUUUGUAAGAUGACACGAGUGGUGCUGCCUGGCAUGGUAGAAAGGUCUAAAGGUGCAAUUCUGAACAUCUCCUCUGCCAGUGGCGUGUUUCCGGUUCCACUAUUGGCCAUCUACUCUGCGACCAAGGCUUUUGUAGAUUUCUUCUCUCAGUGCCUCCAUGAGGAGUAUAGAAGCAAGGGCAUCUUUGUGCAGAGUGUCCUGCCAUUCUACGUAGCUACAAAACUGGCUAAAAUCCGAAAGCCAACUUGGGACAAGCCCUCUUCAGAGACAUUUGUGAAAUCUGCAGUUAAAACAGUAGGCUUGCAGUCCCGAACCAAUGGAUACCUGAUCCAUUCUCUUAUGGGCUCAAUAAUCUCCAUCCUGCCUUCUUGGAUUUACCUUAAAAUAUCCAUGGGUCUCAACAAGUCUGUGAGGGCUCGCUAUCUGAAGAAAGCCAAGAAGAACUAAACGGCAUCCCACAGCCAGAUGCUUCUGCCUGUGCACGUUCGCUGCAGGGCACCCACCAGUCCCCAGAAGCUGCUGUUCUCAUUGCAGCAAUUGCUAACCUGGCCAAAUGUUGUCAUGAUUUGGAGGAAAAAAGAAGUUGCUUUUAGAAGUUCCCGACACAUGUUCUGGAUUCCACCAGAACUAAUUUUGAAGUUUAAUAUAAACACUCAUAUAAAAUGGAUGUAGAACUCAUAUUACCAAGAACAAUUUAAUAGGAAAAAACAUGAUUAUAGCAAAUCACAGAAUGACAAACAUAAAAGCCAUCUGUUCCAUCUGGCCCCAAAGUCAGUGAUCAUUAUUAUAUUUUCUCUAAAAACAUACCAUAAAAUACAAUCACUAGCAAUUCUUUUUUUCUUUUUUUUUUUAAAUUUUACUCACUUUGAGGGAAUGGGGAUUAAUUAAUUUGCUUGUUGGUGACAGUAAUGAUUUUGAAAAAAUGGGGAAUUAAUUUGCUUUUUGGUGGCCAAACUGUAAUUUACAUAGAUCUCUAUAAGGUUUUCUAAAUGUAUAUACCAAUUUAUAUGUUUAUAUGGAACUAUUCCUUCUAAAAAGUAUAAUCAUGAAAGAGGGAAUUAUUUCUGACACGUAAAGCCCACUAAAAUAAGCUUUAUUAUAACAUGUUAUUUCUUCUCAGUUUACACAAAUGUAAAUACUGAAACUGUGCGGUAUGAUUGAACUAUAAAGAUAAGUGGACCAAUGCUGGGGUUGUGGCUCAGUGGUAGAGUGCUUGCCUAGUACGCAUGAGUCCCUGGGUUCGAUCCCCAGCACCACAUUAAAAAAACUAAAUAGCGUACAAUGAAUCGAAAAGCUUUCUGCUGUCAUGUAGAACUGAUUAGAACUAAUACAAAAUAAGUUUUUUAAAAACGAAGUUUAAAAAAAUAAAGGUAUAUUAAAAAAAAAAAGAUAAAUGGACCAAAAUGUACAUUGAGGCUGACCAUCCCUAUGGUACCACUGACACCCCAACUCAGGACCUGCACAGACCCCAGCCUUCUUUGUUUUCGCUUUGCACCAAUAUUGCUCACAUGUAUGAAAACAGACUACUUAAAUAAUAAUGGCUAUCAUGGAAAUGGCAUUGUACUUCUUAAAUUGGAACCCUAUAGUACUGAUACAAUUAGCUUUAAUAAAAGGUGAUAUAACCAUGGGUUGAAUGAAAGCAUAUUUUUUUUGUUCUAGAAACUUAAGAUCAUAUUUAUGUUGGCUUACAUAAGACAAGACUGACUUUUAUCCUGCUUCAAAAUCUAUAGGGAUGUCAUUGAGGAAGAAUUCAAUACUGUGAAAUACGCAGCACAGAAAGGUGGGCCUUUAUCUAGGCUGUGUCUCCUAGUUUUAAGCACCAGUAAAUUUGUAAAAAGAAAAAAAAAAUAAAUUGGGUUAAGUGCUUCUGGCUAUUAAUUUUGACAGUUCAGGACUUAAAAAGAAGGAAAAAAAACACACACAAAUUACCAUCUUCUGGGCUGGGGUUGUGACUCAGAGGUAGAGUACUCACCUAGCACACGCAAGGUCCUGGGUUCAAAGUUCAGUUGAACCUCAGCACCACAUAAAAAUAAAUAAAUAGAAUAAAAGUAUUGUGUGCAACUACAACUAAAAAAUAAAUAUUAAAAAUUACCAUAUUAUAUCAGAAUCAUCAUGGAAAAGAAAAGCUAUUUUAGCACUCAAAAAGUAGGAAGAACAUAAUACAAGAAUAAAGGAUAGUCACUUAAAUAAACGUAGCUUUAUUCAAUUUAAAACACAUCCUUUGCCUUUUCCCCCCUCUCUCCUCUUAUUACAGAGAUGGUAACACCACAAUGACUUGGACAGUAUUUUAUGUGCUUUCACACAUUGGUUGAUUGGCAUGGUUGUUUUUGUGGAAAGGUGGAAGAUAGGACUUGGGGAUAAAUACAUGAGGAAUUGGUUGGCAAGACCAGUAUACUGCAAGAUACAAAAUGCUUCUUCUGUUAUCCCAGUUAGAAAAUAGUUUGCACAGACAUGCAAAAUAUAUCUCAAUUGGCAUUAGAGAAAGUGUCUUAAAACAAAGGUUUGUACAAUUCUGAUUGCCCUAAUGUGAGUCCCACAAGCGCUUAGAAUAAAUAACUGUGAAGUGA